CUGCCGGAGGUGACGGAGCGGCGGCCCCGCCCGGUGCGCUGGAAGACGAAGCUUCCAGGUAGCGGCCCGCAGAGUGUGAUCCAGGGUACGACCGGGCAGGCAGCGGGAGCCCACCGUCCCUUGGCGGCCUCUUUAAGGGAGGGGGCGGAGCCACGUGGAAGGAGUGUGAGGCUCCAGACAUCCUGAGCCCAGGUCCCCCCACCUCAGUGCAGCCAUGAGUGCCGAGGUGAAGGUGACAGGGCAGAACCAGGAGCAAUUUCUGCUCCUGGCCAAGUCGGCCAAGGGGGCAGCGCUGGCCACACUCAUCCACCAGGUGCUGGAGGCCCCUGGUGUCUACGUGUUUGGGGAACUGCUGGAUAUGCCUAAUGUUAGAGAGCUGGCUGAGAGUGACUUCGCGUCCACAUUCCGGCUGCUCACGGUGUUUGCUUAUGGGACAUAUGCUGACUACUUAGCUGAAGCCCGGAACCUUCCCCCACUCACAGAGGCUCAGAAGAAUAAGCUUCGACACCUAUCAGUCGUCACCCUGGCUGCCAAAGUCAAGUGUAUCCCAUAUGCAGUGUUGCUGGAGGCCCUUGCCCUGCGUAACGUGCGGCAGCUGGAAGACCUUGUCAUUGAGGCCGUGUACGCCGAUGUGCUUCGCGGUUCCCUGGACCAGCGCAAUCAGCGGCUGGAGGUUGACUACAGCAUUGGGCGGGACAUCCAGCGCCAGGACCUCAGUGCCAUUGCCCGAACCCUGCAAGAGUGGUGUGUGGGCUGUGAGGUAGUGCUGUCAGGCAUUGAGGAACAGGUGAGCCGUGCCAACCAGCACAAGGAGCAGCAACUGGGCCUGAAGCAGCAGAUUGAGAGUGAGGUCGCCAACCUUAAAAAAACCAUUAAAGUUACAACAGCAGCAGCAGCCGCAGCCACAUCUCAGGACCCUGAGCAACACCUGACUGAGCUGAGGGAACCAGCUCCUGGCACUAACCAGCGCCAGCCCAGCAAGAAAGCCUCAAAGGGCAAGGGGCUCCGAGGGAGCGCCAAGAUUUGGUCCAAGUCGAACUGAAGGGACUGUCGUCUCUUUCCUGGGGAUGUGCUUCCCAGCUGCCUGCCUGCCCUUUAGGAGUCCUCAGAGAGCCUUCCUGUGCCCCUGGCCAGCUGAUAAUCCUAGGUUCAUGACCCUUCACCUCCCUUCUCCUCUUCCCCACCCCCAAGCAUAGAUCACACCUUCUCUAGGGAGGAGGCAAGUACAAGUGUGUUUUUGUUGGUACUUUUUGUUUUAUGUGACUUUUUUACGUGUCCAUUGUCCCCCUCCCUCCCAUGCUCUCUUCCCUGUUUCUUUCUGAGCCAGCAUCUAUCCCUGUUUAUUACAUGUCAUUCAGAAGGUGGGGCUGCUCCUUCUCCAGCAUAACACACAUGUGUUCCUUCUCCCACCACCCCAUCCCUGCAUGCCUGGUCCCCAGUUCUACUCCCAAGCCCCAGACUAUUUGGGCAGCAUCUGCAGAGCCGGAGGGCUCCCACCUUUAUUCCCACCCUCAGAGUUCCAGGAGCCAGUCGGCCAUUCUAGGAGUCACUGGACACUUUCAUCCUAGAAUCCUGUCACACUACAGUUGUUUCCUUUCCUCUCUCUUCCCCUUGGAUCCUGGGAAUGCUGCUGCUUCAAUGACCCCAGAGCCUCAGAAGGCUAGCUGUUUCUUGAGACGUUGAGAGAUGGUUCUUUCUUGGCCCUGGCUAUCUUGGAAAGCCUGAUGGCAAUCCUGGAAGGAUUUAUACUUCCUUUAGUGAGUUUGGUGGGGAAGGGAAGGGGAUAUAGAUUGUAUUAAAAAAAAAAAAAGUAUAUAUACAUAUAUCUAUAUACAAGAUGACACAGAAAUAAAUCUAUGAGAAGUCUAUCUACAAACAUGCCCUGAACUCUAGGUAUCUUCUGUCUUUGAUAUCUGUGGAUGGGAAGAAGGCUCAUUCCCAUUCCACUCUAAAGCAAAGUGCUGGAAAAAGAAGAGAACCAGAGAAGAUGUGCUGAAUCCUGACCUAGAGGCCAGGAGACCUAGAUGCUGGGCUCUGUGACUUUGGACAAGUUUCUCAGUAUCUCAGCAUCAUUCAGAAGCUGUGGAUACUUACUGAGCACCAACGUGUGAUAGGUGCUGGGGAUGCAAAAUGGCGGUCACUGUCCCUGCUCCGGAGGAGCUUGAGUUCAGCCUGUUUCAUUCCACCUUAUAGAAUCGUAAGGGGAAGAGUUGACGAUAAACUUCAGUUUUUGCAUCAGAAUCACGCAGAACUCUGAGAUCUGCAGCAAGAAGUAGCAGUCGGGCCACUGUUCUCUGUCCAAGGCAGAGCUUCCCGAGUGGUGUGCCGGAGGAUUGGUCUCCUUGGCCUAGCGUCCCUGGAGUUGGGAAGCUCUCAUGUAAGGGACAGUUGACCCCUGCUUGCAUGUGAAGUGGUUGCCUCCUGAGGGUCCCAGUGUUGACUGAGCUGCCCUCCAGAGCGUGCGCUGUUCUCUAGGUGGACAUUAGGACAGACCAUUCUUUACUGGUCCUAAGGCUAUCAGUCAUAGAACUAGAAAGUGGGGGAGUUUUUGAUUAAAAGUGGGCUGGAUGAGCCUAUUGAGGCACUGGAGCCUUAAUGGGACCAGUCCAAUGAGCCCUGUUUCAGGAGUUGACACUCUUGGCUUCUCUUUUUAGCUUUGCCCUAGACAGGCUUGUUGAGCCUGUUGCAUCUUGGUUCUCAGUCUCUACCUCUGAAAUAAACUCCUUCCUCCCAUA